GCAUGCGCAGUGGCAGUAUCUAAGAAGACUGCAGACGAACUGACUUGAUCACGAGAGAACAAUUUCGUUAGUAGAAUGAAAAUGUGUCCGAAAACUAAUCACUCGGGAGCUGUUACAACAGACAGGGAUAGGCCGUAAUACCUAAAACUCCCAUUUACUCUCACAGCGACCGUCGAUACUAACGCACCAGGGAUGCAGGCGAGCGUGCCCGAUCUAUCCCUGAUCACGCUGAAUGAGUCAGUUUGAAGCAAGGCAGGUCUAAGGAACGGGCCGGUGACACCAUUAUUCAAAGACUCGGAGAAACAAUAGAAACAGGACGCAAGCCCAAGAAAAAAAUUGAUCACUUCCUAUGGCCCAAGUUACUGUGAAACAUCGGAACGAGCAAUGCUAGCUGUGAGCGAGCCGAGUUAUGAUGUGAGAGAUACUUUCUCACUGGCUGGGCGGAAUAAUCGCUAAGAUGACAAUUUCCUCUUCAGUUAAGUGGAGGCACUGACCAGACUCCCAUUUGCCACAGAGGGCGGACCAAGUGUACUGGACUCGCUCCGUGGCUAAUGAAGGACUUCUCUGACAAGUUGCAGAUUGGACAAGCAAGGAUAUGUGAACGCGAUGACAUUUUAAGCUUGGUGACACCUUGGUGAUUUUGACAGUUUUACCAUCAUCGUUGACUCGCAAAUCCUCUCAAUGAUACGUGUGAUCCAGUAUUGAACUGCGGACAUGACUGAGCAUCCAUCAUAUUCCUUGUUUCAUUUCCUUAUUAAACAGUGGAUGAAAGACGAGAGCAAGUAAGGAAACCUUUAGGCUUGUUUACCAUGGUUACGAACUGUGAAAUUGAAUAACAAAACCACCGACACUGCAUUGUAAGAAUUAGUGUCAUUUGGUACCAGUUACAAGGAGAAUGUAUGUAAAAGUAUUCAAGUAAUUUGCUCAACAUUUAUUGAUUGGUUAAAGGAUAUACACAAUACUGAUAAGAGUAGCGGAGAGUGUUAUUCGACUCCCAACAGAGAAAAAGUGUGGUGCCAUGACCAUAUCAUGGACAAUGCACCAAUUUAAUAAGUCAUGGAUGUAACAGCGUUGCAAUCAAGACUGAAGUUGAACUGCGCUAUGAUGACAGGCUAUUGAUUCACCAACACAGUUAUGCUGGUUUUAAAAUGAGGCGACAAAAAAACAUCGACAUGAGAAGUGCCUAGCUCUCAUGGCUUGUAUGAUUAAAACUUGAGUUGUUUGGUCAGCUUGUGGGUAAAGAAGAGAUGAAAGAUGUGGAUGCUUUUAGUCGAAGAUUGAGUAUAAUCAAAAUAUUGUUACUGUGAUACCUAUUGGCUCCAUCUACUUCAAACAUUUGAACUCCAAAUGGGUGUUCUUUUGAAGACUGUUUGUUUUCAGGCUAUUGAAGAAGUUAUCAACAGCUGAGGACCAGCGUAUGGAGACCUUUCUAUCUCGUUAUUAGCAUUUUUUCAUCAACAACAUAUUCUUCAUUACAUCAUUUACAACUGGAGCCUAACAUUUUCAUCAGACUUUUCUGAGUAAUAAGUUCAUCAUCAAAGAUGCAUGUCCAUUUUGAGCAGACGACAUCUACUCGUACAGAUUCCACCAUCCAUUCCUUGUCAUGGAUGGGGAAGGUUCCCGAUGGGCUACCUGAUGAAGGUGGAGGAUGGAAACUCAACCGGUCCCAGUAUUAUAUGGAAGGGUGGUUGGCUAGUGGUAACGCUAAGGGCGUUGUUGGAGUCACAUUUACUACCAGCCAUUGUCGCAAGUAUGAAGCCCCACCUCGUUCAAACUUCAAUCUCCGAGGACAUCGCAGUGAGGUGAUCCUUGUCCGAUGGAAUGAACCUUAUCAAAAGCUUGCAACGUGUGACAGCAGAGGUGUCAUCUUUGUGUGGAUAAAGCAUGAAGGUCGCUGGUCUAUCGAGCUGAUCAACGACAGAAACAGUCAGGUGACAGACUUUGCCUGGUCUCAUGAUGGGCGGAUGGCGCUGAUCUGUUACCGGGAUGGCUUUGUGUUGGUGGGAUCAGUUGCAGGACAGCGGUACUGGUCGUCCAUGCUGAAUCUGGACAACACCUCAAUAUCAUGUGGUGUCUGGUCUCCUGAUGAUCAGAAGGUAAUGUUCGGCACCACUGAUGGCCAGAUCAUCGUGAUGAGCUCAACUGGUGCCAUGAUAUCCCAGGUCACAGUGCAUGAUGGGAUGGAGAUUUCCUCCAUGGCAUGGUCCUGUGAGAGAUUUAACAUGGAGGAAGCUGAAAGUUCAGAAGACUCCACGAGAAACACCGAAGAUGGAAUCUCCAAGACCCACACACUGGCUGUUUGUUUCAAGUAUGGGGAUAUCUUCCUGCUGUCUGGCCAUGAUGAUGUUUGUCCUCGCAUGGUAUACACAACAUUAACAGGUCUCAAGAUGGACUGGUCCAACUGUGGGGAGUACCUGGCAGUGGGAGGGUUCAUCCGCCUGCCCAACCUCCAGUGCCGCAAUGAACUCCACUUCUAUACCAAGGAUGGUAAACUGAAGCACUGGGUCACCGUUCCUUCUCAGGUGGGGUUCAUUGAGGGGGAAGGUAAACCUCUCACAGCAUUAACCUGGGGUCACAACGACAAGCGUCUAUUUAUAGCAGCAGGCUGCCAUCUGUAUGUCGCCUGGAUCAGCAAACAGGUGGCGCCGCUUCAGUUCCUGUGUCAGCGGGUCAUACAGAAAGUCUGCCGUCAGGAGAAAUAUGUCGAUCGGUUACCGCUUCCAACCCGUUUGCGUCUUGGUGCUCAAGCUCUUUUCUCUCCGACAAUUAAGAGCUACACUCCAGACCCCUUCAAGCUACGGGAGUUUGUGAGCACCCCUCCACCCGGCAAUGAGAGACUGUUCUGUACCAUGAUUCGCCAUGGCGAUGAGACAUCAGGCGGCCAUUACACGCUCUACUUGGAGUACCUGGGAGGCCUUGUGCCAUUACUGAAGGGCAAAAGGGCCAGCAAACUGCGACCAGACUUUGUCAUCUUUGACCCUAAGAUUAAGACCACAGGAAAAGAUCAGCGAGAUGAGAAUGGAGAUGACACCAGCAGCAACAGCGAAUCGGACACAGACAUUUCCUCGGAAGGGUGUGGGUCACCCCGUAUGCAGAGAAAACGCCGUCAAAAACACUUCCGUGCUGAAAAAGUGGACAGGAGCAUUACCUUCAGAACCCUGGAUGAGCUGCUCUAUAAUGACAAUUUGCCUGAGAGUUGCAAACUGGUGGAAGUUACCUCUAACAUCUGGGGCACCAAGUUCCAGCUGAUUGGGUGUGCCUCCUACCUCCCCGAGGUUCUGGGGCACGUGGUCUACAAGACCAGCCUACUCCACCUGCAGCCACGCCAGAUGACCAUCACCCUCUGUGAGCUCUGUGGGAGCAGCCAGCAGCUGUCUCGGGACCCCAACUUCACCCCUGCAGGCAUGAGUGAGGAUGAUGACUCGUCUUCAACAAGUGAUGGUCUGGAUAAUGAGGUAACCUCUGAACCGGUGGAUAAGGUGAUGCCUGUUAAUGCAGACUUACAACAAGCCAAUCAGAUCUCAGUGGAUGUUCAACCAGCUCGUGGUGAAGCCUGUCGAGGAGAUGAUGUCGGCAGUGCUGUAAAUGGGCAUAGUGAUGCACCCAAUGCCACAUUCUUGCCAACAAGACUUUCCCACUCAGGGAGCAUAAGAUCCAGAUCUUUAUCACCAAUUAGGAAUGGUUUAAAUCAUAACUCUUUAGCAUUUAAACUUGAAAAUGGUAGUGACAGCAAUGUGGUGAAAGAAAACUAUGCUAAUCAAGGUGCUCGACCCAAAGUUAGAAAAUGUACUCCGCUUAGUGCAACUGCUUCAGUGAAGGCUUCCAGUGUGCAACAAGGCCCCGCUAAUGGAGGGGCAGGUCUCAUCCUCAGCUCAACUGAUGCAACUACUCCAAAUGUGCCCAGACAUAGUCCAAGUUCCACAGUCUCAGACACAGUCGUCUCCUCAGAUGUCCGACCCAGGGACAGCCCACGAUGGGCAGAUCCAGCCAGUGAGGCAAUCAAAUACAUUGACGAAGAGACCCCAGAAAAUACGGAGCUUCCUUUUGAAAAUAAUUUGGUGGGAGAUUGCAGUCCAACUGCACCCACUGUGGUGGACCUUCAACGGCGCCUGUACCUUGCUCAACAGGGUUCUGUAGACUUUGAUCCUUCUGAGGAAACCAAUAAUGUGCAGACCUUUUCAGAACGGAACAGCUGUGAUUCUCUGGUGACGGAGGAAGAUACGUCCGCUUCGCUGGUUCUGUUUGAUGAUGGUCAGCCUGUGGGGCAUGGGUCUGUGGACAGGGGCAUCAAUGUAGUAGGCAAGUCUCUGUUCAAGGAGACAGAAUUGACAAAUGGUGGUGAUAUUGAAAUUUUACAUAGUGCUUCACUGCCGGCCUCACCGGUGAGAAAAAUUGACUCACCAACAAGAAAAUUACGCGAAGAGAUUUUGAAAGGAAAGUGUCGACAUCUUAGUCCUGUGUUCAGAAGGAAAACCAAACAUUCCAGAGCUGUGGACAGUUCCGAUGAAGACAUUUUGCUUGCUAUUGAGGAGAUGAAAGGUGGCCAUAGUUACAAGAAUCUGGAGACGUUCCAGAAAUCUCAGCUGAAACAAAAGCUGCGUCGUGUCCGGGGCAGCAGUUCCAGCCGCGUGGGGUCAAAGCAGCAGUUUGUCAUGCACAACAAGGCUCCACUGUGGAAUGAGAACAGCCAGGUCUACCAGCUGGACUUCGGUGGACGGGUCACUCAAGAAUCAGCUAAAAACUUCCAAAUAGAGUUCCGUGGGAAACAGGUGAUGCAGUUUGGGCGUAUUGACAGCAAUGCCUACACACUGGAUUUUCAAUACCCUUUUACUGCUAUACAAGCAUUUGCUGUUGCUCUUGCCAAUGUCACCCAGAGACUGAAGUAGCCGUUCCAUCUGAAGGGCAGUUAGUGAUUCUCAACAUCAUGUGCUGUGUCUGUGAUUUGAUGGAUCUAUAGAUCUAAGCCCCAGCUGCGAUGUCACAACCAGGCUCCCCAUACAUGCAGAACAGCCUCCGGGUGUACCAGGCAUACGGAUGUCCGUUGCUAAAUGGUCAUUUACUGCCGCCACAUUCCGUACACACCUGCUUCAAAGGAUAAUGCUUUUUGAAGUUCAACAUUUUAACAGGUGUAGGAAGCAAAAGCCACAUGAUUUUAAAGAAUGGCUUUCAGCUUUCAUGAUUACUGGUAAUAAAAUUGUGGUUGUAUUGUUUGAUUUCAAAUUAUUAGAAAUAUUGAAAUAUUUGGUGCAUAUCAUAACAGAUAGUAUAUAGUAAUAUGUGAUAAUUAAGCCUUGCGAAUAGUAUAUAUUGCUAUUUCUGUUUUUGAAGGUAAAGAAAAUAAUGGACAAUGAUUUGUAUUUUAGUUUUUCUGUAAACACUUGUACAACAUAUCAGUUUCAUAGAAUUACUGCAAUUAAAUGUAAGUAUUUUAGCUGUUCCUAAAAAUAAUGAGUAACUUUUAUCUUGCAUCAAAUCAGUGAGCCAGGCCAACUUCUGAAUAAUGCAUAACUGUAUUCAUAUUUAAUCCAGUUAGAUUUGUCAGAAACUGCAGGUGAAUCAGCCUCAUUCAACUGGCCUCAUUCAAUGGUUAAAUAUCAAAAAAGGCAUCAAUGAGAGCAACUGUAAAAUUAAAGCAACUGAAUAAUUGUUCAAAGUUUGCCAUGUAACAAUUUGGGUAAUUUUCAUUAGUUGGCCUAUAUUGACUGGGUAAUUUUCAAUAGUUGGCCUUUAUCAACUGGGUAAUUUUCAUUCAUUGCCUAUAUCAACUGGGUACUUUUGAAUAGUUGGCCUGUAUCAACUGGUUAAUUUUCAGUAGUUGGCCUAUAUCAACUGGUUAAUUUUCAAUAGUUGGCCUAUAUUGACUGGGGGACCGGGUAGUUAUUUUUCAGAAGUUGGCCUAAAGCAAAGCCUACAUCACAACAGUUCCUUAUUGUACCAUAUGGUACUUCCCAAUGAAUGACUGCAACUAUGGCAAUAUGACAAUCCUUUCCAAGGCCAGUUACUUACUCUCGCAUCUGUAUGAUUGUUGAUAUGACAAUCUAUAUUCAUGGAAAUGUUUGAGAAUUUCCAUGGUUGUUUGGAAAUAAUCCAAUGUAUUCUGUUUCGUAUGAGUUAUCUUAUUGUAGUAAGCAUGACAAAAGAGCUGUUUGAUUCCUCUUGGUCCAAUCUGUGACUUUCUUCAAGUCAUAUGACCUGAGCAUGCCACAUUAUCAAACAGCAAUUCAGGUGAGGCUGGUGUAUUGACAGCAUAUUUGGGGUUUAAAAACCUUUUUACUCUUUCAAAAUCAAUGACUCAUGGCACGGUUGAGAGAGGUAUAACAGGUAAUAAGUCAGUGAGAUAGUUCCUGAUCUUGAAACAUCACCUGCAAGCUUGAGAUACACAAAUUGACUAAUGGGUGAUUAAUUUGUUGUGUCCUUAGCAUUGUUUAAUAAAUCUCAAUAACAUGAUCAGCAGCUUGUACUUCUCACUGAUUUGGCGCCAUUGUCCACAAGAAUGAUUUUGUACCUCUAAGGGCAUUAUACAACAGCUGUACUGUUGAGGAACCAUAAGAAAAUGUUUCCUUUCUUGCCCUGAGGUUUCCUGACAGACAGCCUGUAUUCAGUCCUUGGUGUAUGUCACAAUUAUAUGAUGAACUUUGUAUAAUGUAGGAGAUUUUAGAUCAUUCAUAGAAUUACAGAUGUGUAUAAAUGUCUUGACAUUGGGAUGUCUUUUGUUCAUAUAGUGGAUCUGGUGGCUAUGAUCUCAUUUCUGAGUCAGGUUGCAUUCAUUCAAGUACUGGUAGACAAGGAUCUUCUACUUAUAGUUCAUUUAGUGUGGUACAGAAAUAUUUCUUCGAAAGCUAUGCAAAUUUUGUCAUGUGUCAUGUAUAUUGAGAUGUUGAGUUAAAUUCAUGAUCAAUUUGUUUUUACAUUGUCCCAUACUGUUGUCAUCAUUGGCCAUUUGUGUAAAAUGUCAAGGUCAUGAUCAAAAGAGUUCUGUAACAUAUUGAUAUUUUAUGACUUUACAAUUCUUGUCAGCAUUUGAAAGAUGUCAUAUUUGUGUGUAGUGGUACCCUCAUCUCCGUCAACAUGUCAUGUUAAAGUUUAUUAAUGUAUGAUUAUGUCGAAGCGUGAAAAGUAUCACUAUCAAAUCAUUUUUCAUUUCAUAUUGUGAAAACUAUUAUUGAAUGGCAGAUUUUUAAAGCAGUUACAUAAAUAAGAGUCGGGAAUUAAUGUGAUUAUAAGUUUUAUCUUAACAUUCCACAAUGAGCAAAUACCAUUUCUGUUCAAAAAUUGGUUCAUAUUACAAUUUGUGAAGACAUUCCUGUGAUUGUUAAGAAUGUGAUUACCUCUUUUUUAGAUGGUCUUACUAUGUAAUGUAAUGAUAAAACCAUUAUCUUGUUAUGCAACAACAAAGUGGGUGGAUCUGAUCCCAUUAUCUGGAACAAGAGAUUGUUACUACCAUGUAGAUUCUACCAGCCAUCCAUUCCAGGCUGUUUCAGCAUUAUCUGACCAAUAAAACACUAUUGUAUAGGGGGGCGGUCGGGUAGCCUAGUGGUUAAAGCAUUCACUUGUCACACCUAAGACCUGGGUUUGAUUCCCGACAUGGGUACAAUGUGUGAAGCCCAUUUCUGGUGUCCUGUGCCGUGAUAUUGCUGGAAUAUUGCUAAAAGGGGUGUAAAACCAUACUUGCUCACUAUUGUAUAGGCCCUGUAAGCACACACAAUAUACACAGGUAACAGGAUCUUGUUAACAUUGUACCUAAAGGGUUCAACAACCAAAUUCUUCAAGUUCUAUAUCAGAAUUUGACUUCAAAAUUUAAUAUUUGUUUCAAUAUCUCCUGAAAACUAGGCCCUCAUUCAGAUCAGAUCUAUUUGACGUUGUAUUAAGACGUAUAAUCUGGAUAUUGAUCACACAAAAAUGGCAAGUUCAGCAGGGUUUUUUCUCUCCUGAAAACAUUUGCUAUUCAAAGGGCAAGGAGAAUUCUUCUAUUUUUUUUGUGGAUUCACAAACAAAGCAUCCUUCAGGGACUAGAACACAUUAAGAUGUAAAUGGUCACUACUGGGAAAGAAUAAUUCUUCUGGGUUUUUUAAGAUGAUGAUAGAGUAUAUUCUGUGCUUUUUGUGUUGAUUCGAUUUAUGUAAGGUCCUUCUAUUGAACUCCUCUCAGAACUGUUUCCAAGCAGUAAGUUGGUUAUUGUGUAAUUAUACCCACCUACUGCACAACAAAGUCCUCAUCUCAGCUUGGUUUAUUUCUCAUGGUGGCCAUCCAUCCCUUUUCUUUGUCCCGCACAUGUGGCUAUGUGGUUUCAAGCUGCUUAUUGUAGGUUUGAAUCUAAUGUUUCCUUCUUCAUCCAGAAUAUAGGGUAAAUAAGUGUUUGAUGUAGAUUGUGCUGGGGUCGUAUGGAAAAGGAUAUUGUAACCAAGGGUAAGCAGGUGCUUGAUUUCAGGGUAGUGUGUGAUGGGAGGAGAUUAUUGUGGUAUAGAAUAAACAGGUGCUUGUUUCGGGGUAAUGUGGGAGGGAAAAGAUUUUCGAGGCAUGGGAGAAGCAGAUGUUGACUGAGGGAAGUGUGGGGUGGGAAAAGAUUGUUGUGGCAUAGGAUAAACAGGUGCUUGGUUUCUGGGUAGUGUGGGAGGGAAAAGAUUGUUGUGGCAUAGGAUUAACAGGUGCUUGGUUUCUGGGUAGUGUGGGGUGGGAAAAGAUUGUUGUGGCAUAAGAUAAACAGGUGCUUGGUUUCUGGGUAGUGUGGGGUGGGAAAAGAUUGUUGUGGCAUAAGAUAAACAGGUGCUUGGUUUCUGGGUAGUGUGGGGUGGGAAAAGAUUGUUGUGGCAUAAGAUAAACAAGUGCUUGAUUUCUGGGUAGUGAGGAAGGGGAUAUGAUAACGUUAAUGAAACAUCAGGUAACCAGGCGCUUGAUUUCGGAGUAGGAGAAAUAAGGUUAUUACAUCAUCCAGUAAUAUGUGGUUUACCAAAUGUAUACUUCUUAUUGUAUUUUGGUAGCUAUAAAUACAUUAUAUGAUACACCCUGGGUAGAAGUGCAGACCCACUUGCCAAAGCUUGUCUGAAAUCAGUGUCCAGCAUCACCAGGUGAACAUGCCGGCUGAUAGCAGUUUACAGAUCUCUUGAUGUUUUCUAAUGCAUGUAAUAGAACUUUGAUAUUUUUCAGUAGGUGUAUAUACAAUUUUAGGAGGUAAAUAGGUAGAAUUUUUAAACAUUCGAUACAUUUAUUGUGAUCAGAUAGUCCCCUGAAGACAUGAAUUCAUGUCAUUUUUGAAAUGUUCUGAAAUAUGUGAUGUUCAACAUGUGGCUGGCCAAUAAAAGUGGACAAUUAGAACAUGUAACUUUAAGGGAUUGUAGGAUUAGACUGCACUAAAAGCUGUGAUCCCUUCCCAAAUUGUAUAUCUGGAAGCUCUUCCCCUACUAUUAGUUUUUAGUUUUUAAGUCACCAUGUAAUGCUGAAUUGCCUGAGUAGUUUAUCGAUACGAUCCUCUAAAUUUGUAGUUUCUCUCCAUCCUAAAUAGGGGUCACGACUUGACCAGUCGUCUAAGACUCCACAAUUGGUGCAUUCCUUGGGAGUGCCUAUGAUCAGAAACCUAUGACCGGCAUGGAAUCCCAGAUUUGCCCUGAUUAUGUUUCUAGAUUUGUUACCACCUACCCGUGCUCAUGGAUUCACCAAAGGGGUAAACAUCUGAGACAUGCGUCAAUCACUUCAGGCUUUCCUCCUACAACUGACAUGCAGUGAUAAUCCUGAAAUUCGGUUCAAAGCAGUUCAACCCACUCCAUCCCAAAUAAUUAAAAAACAAACCCAGAGCCUGUUUUGUGUUUUGGACAUAAUGUCUAUUAGCAUAACGCUGUUCUGGAUUAAGCACAGUACUUUGAGGUAAGGAUUCUUAUUUGUACAUUCCAGGUCUCUGAUGUUAAGGAAUCUGAAGUUUUCCAUAUCAGUUUUCAAGAGGAUGUACAACAGUUAACUAUUCGUCAGUUGCUGCAGAGGGGGCACAGGUGGCCCAGUCGUCUAAGGUGCUGCAAUUCACUGUGCAGAGUUGCGUCCCUUGAGCACACCAGAAACCUAUGAUUGUGGGUUUGAAUCCCUUUUCGCCCCGAUUAUGUUUCUAGGUUUGUCAGCACCAUACCCGUGCGUGUAGGUUUCACCGAAGUGGUUAACGUCUGAGACCUGCAUCACUUCGGGCUUUCCUCCCACAUUAUGCUGACACGCCGUGAUAUAACUGGAAUACAACUCACUCACUCAGUUGCUGCAGAGAAUAUCAAUACCUCACAUUACUGAAUAGUCAUAGGGGUUACCACUCAGAUUCUAGCCAUACCAGUGUGAAAUACAGAUAUACCUCAUAUGUUUAACAUAAUGUUCAAGGUGUAAAAAUCAAAAUAUGUUUUGUAUCAAAUAGUUUAUUUAGUUUAUAUGUUUUGUAUAUAUUUUAUUUAUAUGAUUUUGUUUGAAUGGUUUGUGUGAAAGAAUGUUGCUCUAUGUGUAAAUAAAACUAUUUUCCCAUUUGAUGCUCAAUUCUUUUCAUGUGUAUUCAUUCCUUUACCUGCUGUCACUUGUGAAACGGAUCUUCAUACAUUUGCCUCUUCUUAUCUUUGAAUUUUACAUAUCUCGACUCAGUUGUUAGGAUAUCUGGUGAAUCUUAUACAAUUAUGUUGAGUGAGAUUAGGAAUUUUACAAUUCAUACUUUUAUUUAUAUUAGAAAUAGUUUAUUGAAUACACAUUCCCAAGUUUACCUAACAGAUGAACAUUCCUGACUGUGAAAUUUGCAAAUCUACAUGACAGUCCAUAGUUUCUUGUGUAUAAUACUGAUUUGUUUACAGCAAGCAGCAGCAGAAGGGGUAUUGCCUUGUAACUGUCAGUUUUAUUUUCAUUAAGGUUUGAAGCAAGUUUGCAUUAUCUUUGAAAACAGAUUUAACUUGUCAAUUUUCAAAGCGCUCAGGGCAUAUACAGUGAAUAUGGUAAUUGAAUACCGGUGUGAUGUAAGGAGUUCUAUACCUUAACUACUCUUAAGUUCAAAUCCUAAUUAUUUUCUGACUAAUAUGUCAAUAUGCUGCUUGGGGUAGCUUUAAAUCAGUAUUAAUCAUGCCGUUUUGAGACACAACUGCCCUGGCUGCCAUGAAAUGGCUGAAGUACUUACAAAAUGGUGUAUCAACAUCAAACCCUACUUUAUUUCUCUUAGAGAAAUAUCUGUAUUUGGCAGACCCAACUUGAGGUGUGUAACAAGUUAAGAUAGUAAUGAAUGCAUUCAGCCCAACAAAUUGAAUAAAAACUGGGCUUUAACUCCUUUUUUUGUGCUUAGCUGGUCUGUUUUGUUUGAUAAUUUUGACUGUUUUUCAGCCAGUGACCUUACAGUGAUACAUAAAAAGUAAAAGUUAGAUUCAAGUUAUUGCAAACUGCAGUUUCAAUUAUAGAAUUGAACUUUUGGAAAUAACACUUCAAAGUAUACUUGAAAUGGCUUGUAAAUUAAUUGGGCAUGUUGAAAUAAAACAUUACACUUAGCUACUGCACACUGGAUGUGUGUUUGUGGCAAGUAUUUGCAGGAAGUGAUAUCCCCGUGUCAAGUUCAAUUAAACAUGACAAAAAAAAAGUCCUUAUCUCUGUUCUGUCUUUGUAGUUUGUAGGAGUGCAAUUUGUUACAGGGAGUGUGAAAUGGUCAUGAUGGAUCGCUGCAGAGCAUCAGCUGUUCUUGUAGAGUGGCUAUACAGUACAGGGAAGCAUUAUAUACAAACUGGCACUUUUUCUAUAAAGAUCAGAAAUCUAAUUUAGCGGUCAUGUCAAUGUUCUUGUGUACAUGCUGAGCUCAUAUUUACUGUUCUUGUACGUCAUGGGAAUUUUCAAUUUUAUAUACCAUGUUGAAUAUCUGUCGACUUGUUUACUUGCAUCUAGAAACAUUCAAAAGAUAUUUAGGUAAAAGAUAAUUUGAAUAAAAAUGUACUUUUCAAUACGUUUUGAACACACUUAAUAAGUUAGCUGCCUCAUUUUGUUUUCUAGCAGUCAUCCGUUCUAAAUAUGAAACAUACCAUUGUAAGUUUGAUGUCCAAAAAACAUUGCCAUAGUAUUGUACAACCAGCAUACCGUUGCCAUACAAAUUUCCACAGACAUACAAUGACCAUUGCUUUGUGCAACAUAAGAAAGCAUACAACUUUAUCGCUAACAACUUCUGGUUUUGCAACGUUUCGAAGUAGAUCCUUACAUCAAGUAGUGAACCGGAAGUUGUUCCACAAAGCAAUGGUCAUUGUACUCACCAACUUCUAGAAUGCCAAUCAAACAUGCCAAUCACUUUCUACCUAUGCAGUACCACCUAAGUCAGCAGCAUGGUUGACAUCCUCUGAUGACAUUCCUUUUCUUCUUAGAAUCACUCUUAAACAGCCAGUCACAUUCAUUGCAGCUACAUUCUACUGCCCAAUGAAAAUGUUUCUUCUGAAGAACAGUGUGAACUCAUUAACCAUGAUUAAGGUGAUACUUCUAGAUGUUGGACUUGAGAGUAAUCAUCAAUUCCAGUUGGCAAUACUAGGUCACAGAUGGAAUACCCUGGUAGUUCAAGGAUGUUUUAACUGCUGUGAAUAUGUAUGAUAGCUUCAUUGCUUUCUGUGUGCCAAAUUCCUAAUAUUUCUCAUCAAUAUGUGGAAUAAACUUUGUUAAAGAAUA